AUGGCUACGGCAGUAUCGAACAUUAUUACUGAUGUCAUGCUGUUUGUCUUCCCCAUGCCCAUGAUCUUUAACCUUCGUAUGAAAAUGGCACAGAAGAUCGGCGCCGUGUUUAUCUUCGCGAUCGGCUCAGUAACCGUCGCAACAUCCGUUGUCCGAUUGACCUAUCUCCCUCCUCUAUUGACGAGCCUUGACCCAUCGUGGGAUGCCGCUCCUGCGAAUGUUUGGACGUUCAUCGAAGCGAAUCUGUUUGUCAUCUGUGGUUCGAUGCCAACUCUACGGAAAUUCUUCAAGCACUUUGCACCGAGAAUCAUGGGUUCCUCGACAAAUCCAUCAUCGUAUGGCUACAACAACAACCACCACGCUUCAGCGUAUGCGAACCAGCGAUCGAACACCAUCAAGAGUCGGCAUAGAAAACAAUACGAGCAGUUUCCGGAAGACAACGAGAUGCGUACAUUCAAUUCAAAUCGCCGGAGAGAAAGAGAUCCCGCGUUCACGUCAGUGAUUGUCGCCGUCGGGGGGAGGGAUAGUGCAGACGACAUGAGCGAUAAGGCGAUAUUACAAACAAAGACAGUUACGAUCCAGCAUGAUUAA